CUCAAACUCGACAUCAUAUUAUUUGCCGAGGAUUAAGUGUCAAUCGGAACCCCUAAAAAUAAGGAUAUAUCGACUUUAAUUUUAAUAACUAAUCUGCAACUGGGUGAAAAUGAGGCAGCGAUUCAAAUGCGCGCAUAAUUCACCAGUUUAUUUCCAGUUGUAAGUGCUACACUUAACAUCCUUGGGCUGCACAUCUAUUGUUUUUGAAACAGAGGUCUGUCACCCCGGAGCGGAGCAUCCGGACAGCUGCAUCUGGAUCAGGGCUGUGUUGUUUGAAGGUUUCUGCAGAAAAAACACUGGAGCAAUGAGUCGCAUCCUUCACACACAGGUGUUGACCAUCUGGAUUACACUAAUCUCCAGGGCAACAGCUGACCUGACCUGCGACGCUCUGCUCCUACUCUCCACAAAUCUUACAGCUCGCACUUUGAUUCUAUGGAACCAGACGUCUAGUCCCACCAACUCUACAGGUUUGUUUUGUAACACUUCGAUUGAUGGCAUUGGGACAUGCUGGCCCAGGAGCAGUGCUGGAGAAGUGGUGUCCCGCCCCUGUCCGGAGACUUUCCUCGGGGUCCGAUACAACACCACCAAUAAUGUGUACAGAGAAUGUCUGGCUAAUGGGACCUGGGCAAAGAAAGGAAACUACUCCCAAUGUCAGGAAAUCCUCAACGAGGAGAAGAAGAGCAAGCUGCAUUACCACAUUGCAGUCAUCAUAAACUACCUUGGACACUGCAUCUCUCUGGGAGCCCUGCUGGUCGCCUUCAUCCUCUUUAUGAGACUCAGGUGGGUGAGUGCCUUGGCUGUGAGGGUUUUCAAGAGCUGAGGGAGUGGAAUUGAACUUCUGUAUUAGUCACACCGGUGGACUUGCAUGAGAGAUAAUCAUGUAUGAGCUGCUGCUGCUACUACGUUGUAAAGUGAGUGGACAAAGGGAUCACCCUUAGGGGUGAAUUUUCUUUAUUACUCAGGAGUCUUAAUGGAGUCCUUGGUUAUGUUUCAUUUAAAGGUAAACUGUGUAAUUCCUUUGCCACUAACUAAAUGGAAUUGCAGAAAUAACGACACAUCAUUCUCCUACAAUGGCAGCUUCAGAUUUAAAUCUUAGGUUCUGUAGAUCGCUUUUGCCUGUGCAAAUAAUCC